UAACAUAUUAACUGUAUCGUGUAAUUGUGACCAAACCAAAAGUUUCUUGCCAGCAUUUGAACGCGAGCUUACUAGUAAAACACCAAUUGUGAAGUCAACCUGCAAAAAAAGUAACUUGUUUCUGGAUAAUAAUUUAGUGUGUACCAGAAUGAACCCAGCUUGGACCGAUGAUAUAAUCAAACAACUUGAUAUCCGAGAUGACUUUGAACAACGAGACAUCAAGUAUUUUACAGCAUUUAACCAAUUGAGCCAGCAAUUACAACUUCAAAAACUAGCCAAUAAACAACAGUCUCCUUCACCGUCAUUGACAUCUCCUACCUUAAAGCAAGAGGACUUAGAUCGUACAUUCAUAAUACGAGAGAACCAACAGCUUAAAAACGAAAACAAUGACCUUAUAUCAAGUUUAAACAUGGCUACAAUUAAAAAUGAAAAGUUGGAACAGGGGAUAAAGGAACGAGAUUCCACAAUCAAAACGUUACAACGAAAUAAUGAGAAAUUAAAGAGUAAGAUUGAUAGCUUGAGUCUUGAAAUUAAAGAAAAGAAUAAAACAAUUGAGAUUAUUAAUGAUGAGAUCCUAAUGAAUCAAAUUCAGUAUAAUGUUCUUAAUGACAAAGUCCUGGCUCUUGAAGCCGAAAGAACAAAGAGCCAAUAACAAGCUAUAACCACACCUUGUUCAAAUCCGCCUCUUCCAACAUAAUGCUUCCGACAUUGUACUCUGAAGCAUAUUAUUUUGGCAUUCAUUGCAUAUAUCCCUGUAAACUGCUGGCAUUUGCAGAAUCACACAGUGGCCACAUUUGGUCUACCCCCUUGAACUUUUGGAUAGGAACACGACUAUUUCUAAUUAUAUCACGCAUAUUUAGAUCCUUGAACCAAAUUGACAACCCCUACAAUUUCUAUUUAUAAAUUCUUUAAUAUACCAAUGCAUAAUGAUCACAUGGUACUCUUCCACAUGUACCUACUCCACCUUACAAGAAAUUUGUCUCCAUGUUCUCGACAAAUAUUAAAGUUAUAUUUGCUCACCUGGU